AUGACUGAAAUUCCAACGCUGUAUCAGGACCUUUCCUCAAGCUCUUUGCAUCCGCCUCCGGCGCGAGAGGACGCGCAGAUGUGCUAUGCGCAGCUCUCCGCGUCCGAGAUGGGUAUCCUGGCCUUCGCGCGUCUGAUGGACGACGCGAGUGGCAACGCCGUCGCUGAAGCCCCACCAUUCUGGCUCGAGCCCACUGCGCCUCUGACCACCUUCUCGCCAAAGCCAACCUACGCCACUACUGGUCCGUGGACCCAAGAGACGAUGACCCCUACCACCGUCGAUAACGCCACCGACUGGAUCGCACAGCAAGCUUUCGACUGGACCUUGGCGCCGCAUUCUCCUACCCCAUCCCUCUCCUCCUUCGCGUCCACCCUCAGCCCAUCACCGUCGUCUCCAGCCCCUCUCACCCCCGAUGGCUUCAACUUCGGUUCCGAUCUAUCCAUGGACUGCACUGCGUACCAGGCCACCCUCUUCGACAACCGAGCAGUACCCUUCGGCCUCGUUGAUCCCGUGUAUCAUCAAUCGAUCGAUGCAAUCUACCCAACGUACUCGCCGCCGCGUCAUGACGCCUGGCACCCGCCGUCGACAAUUCAAUCGAUUCAUCCAUCGCAUGAGGUCGACCAACGUCGACCAGCGUCGGGUGCCCAGAGGACCUCCAAGAAGACACGAUCGCUAACGUCUGGCCCAUACGACAGAGCAUCCUCCCAUCGCAAGCAACACAUCGCAGACCACCAACGCCUCAACUUCCCCGACGAACGUGACAAGCCUUAUCGUCGUGCUGAGCAGCAGCCGUGCGCGACGCCAGCGGCCAGGCAUCGAGUCCAGCCAGGCGGUCUCUCGGUGCCAUCUCCAGGUGAUCCAUUCGGAAGUUGGGCCAACCAACACGGAGUUUCUCCUCCGUCAACGCUGGAGGAGAAAACACCCAAUCAUGUAUUAUCGAGCCAGUGGGUAGGGAGCGGCGCAUCCGCCGCUCCUACCCCGGUUCACCAAAGGAAAUCUAGGAGGAACCCUAGCACGAAGCCGCCUCAAGAGACGAAGGCCGCCAACCAACCGGCCACUCGCAAACCCAGGAGGGAUGACGGCUUCGGAAAGUGGGGAAACCCAGUUCCAGACGAACUAACCUUCGUCCAGACAGACACGCACCCUCAGCUUAGAGACCGCUUUAUGCUCUUCAACGGCCCACCUACUCCGACGGCUGCGCAGAUGGAGGGCAGUAGUUCAAAACCGAUUAGGGUGAGGUGGAACUAG